AUGUCAUUAGCAAGCUUACAGCUGAAUCCAGCAAUCGCCAAACCGACCAGCAAUGGCCAAGUGCAAUGUAUAGUGUGCAAUUUACAGGUGAAACCAAAGAUUUGGACUGCUCAUGUGAAUGGGAAGAAACAUAAAGAAUCCUGCGAGAAGCUCAAGCAACAGCUGGCCAUCAGUGCAAAACGAGCUAUCGAAAAGUCGCCCGUGCAGAAUGAAGCACCGCCAAAGAAAAGAAUGAAAGACUCAUCGGCGCCGACGUCAACUGGCCCACUUCCACCAGAUUUCUUCGAUGACGAGCCAGCCUUAAACAUUCAAACACCGUGGCAGAAAGCAAAAGAAGAUGAGGCUGCCCUCCUGCGUGAGCGAAAAGGAAUUAUUGAGGGAGUCCCACAAGGUUUCUUCGAUGACAAGAAAAAGGAUGGAAUGGUGAGGGAAACAAUCGUUAAUGAAGCACACAUGAACGAAGAGUACGAGCGGCUAAUGCGCGAGCUGACAGAGAAAAAUGUGGAAGAUGAAGCGAAGGCAGAGGAGGAGGAGGAACGAGAUGCUCUACUACGUGAUCUUGAUAAUGCCGACGAACAAAUGGAGAAGUGGAUGCGGUUGAACGCUAUGGAAAAGUUGAAGGAGGCUAGACUUCAAGAGGCGCGAGAAAAAACCACAAUUGGCGACGAUGACGACGAGGGUAGCGAUGACGACGAUGCUGACUUCACAAAUUGGCGAGCGAAGCGUGUACUUUGA